ACAAGCUAUGGCGAAAUGCUUAUCUUAUCGGCCGUGCCGAAUUUCUGCCGCAGCGCAGUUUUGACCUGAGCUUAGCUCCCAAGUCAGUCCUCAGUUCCCCCCAAGUCGCGGCGCGUUCAGAACAGGCUUCCUACCAAAACGACCGACGAAAGUGUCCACCACCAACUCCCUCCCUCCCCAGACCUACCCAUUUCAACAAGAUGGCGCCCGCUCAGCCAGAACUCAAGAAGUACCUCGACAAGAGGCUGUUUGUCCAACUAAACGGCAGCCGCAAGGUCAUCGGCGUCCUCCGCGGCUACGACGUCUUCCUGAACAUCGUCCUGGACGAGGCAGUCGAGGAGAAGGACGGCGGGGAGAAGGUCAAGCUCGGCAUGGUGGUCAUCCGCGGAAACUCGGUGGUCAUGCUCGAGGCACUGGAGAGGAUCGGCGGCGACGAGAGGCAACAACGGGGCUGAGAUGGCCAACCAAUGCUGGAAGUGUUCAAGGCGGUCUGGUCUAUAACAGAAAAAUGGAAGAACAAGAAUAAUCGGGCGUACUGGCGUUUGGUUCAUGUCAAAAAGAGACGGCUUAGGAUGGGGGCGGUUUCACCAGUCGAUCGUGUGGUAUCUGGCAUGCAUAGCGGCCGUCCCGCUCCUGCCGAGCCUCGCGAUCGAGGCUCCUCUGUCGCGCUUUUGUGCAAAUGGGGUGUGUUCUGGCUUGUGACUUGAAUCGUUGAUGGUUGCUCAGAAGAGCAUCUCGGCCUCUUGGGGGUACGGCUGUCAAGGUCUCUGAUUGUAUACCACCUUAGAGUAAUCCAUUCAUUCAAGUCUUGCCUGCUGUAACCGGCACUCGAUCGUCCCCGGGCCCUACAAGUACUCUGCCACAGGUAGCCCGCUCGUGAUGUCGACUCCAUGGCCUAUUUGAAUCGCGCAGAGGAUGAGUGACAGAGAAGUCAAACCUAAGGAAACUAUUGUUGCAGAUGCUGUACA